AGAAGACUCAUCUGUUCAGAUCAACUUCUGUCACAAAUUCAUGACAUUUGCAUUGUCUUAAUUAUCUGGAUUUUGCGGGUAUCUGGGGAUUCAUCUCUCAUUGACAAUGAGAUUGCAGAAAUGCACUGCAGUGUGAGAAUCAUUGAUAGAGAAUCUAGACAUAUUCACAUAUGCCUGAUCAGUGAUU